GGCCUGCAGCCUGCAGGUUCCUUUUUAGAUUUUAGUGAGUGAAUAUUUUCGUUUUCUGCUUGCUGGAUGAUCCAAAACAGGAAUACGAUUGUUAAAAGUUUGCCUGGCGUGGAAAUUGUUUUUAUUUCGUGUACUGAUCUUUGUACUUGGUUGAGCUGAUUUUAUUCGGUUGCUAAAACUUGAAACCCACAUCAGUUAGUCAGCGCAUGUCGCUCGCCUCUUCAUGUUAUCUGGUCGGCACCGUCUUCUUUCCCUUGUGCUAAACACGAUCUGCACGGAACCCAAGCGCACGCAGUUCCCCCGACCUGCAGCACUCGGAUUACGCGUAUUCCACUCUGCAGUGUCCAAGUUCUCCGUUCCUAUGGCGGUUGUUGUUCCGGAAGCAGUGGCGACUGAUGUGGAGGGACCAGAACCCAGUGAGAACCUCAGUAAGGAACCAGCUAUCCUGGCCAGUGAUUCUGACGGUCUAGAUGCACUGCCCAAAGUCGCGCCAGAAGAUACUGGAUUUGUGCAUCGCGAGAGGAAAGACGUGAGAGUGAAGUUGAAAAAGUGCGCGAUAUUGUUGGGAUACUCGGGACAUGGAUUUAGUGGAAUGCAGUGCAACCCCGAAGUAGAAACGAUAGAGAACGCUUUACUGAGCGCCAUGGCCAAGCUGAAGCUUAUACCGGAGAAUUGGCGGGACGACAUGCAGGUGCUGGGUUUCCAGCGCACCGCGCGCACCGAUAAAGGUGUGAGCGCUGCCGGACAAGUGAUCUCCAUACCUUUGGCUGAUCCCUCUCAAGCCGUUGUCGACCAAGUCAAUGCUGAGCUCCCACCCGUUAUUAGAUUGUUCGGACUGAAGCGCGCAACUAGAAGUUCCAACUGUAAGAACUGGUGCUCAUCGCGCACGUACACGUAUUUGUGCCGAGUGCCGACAAUGGCGUUUGCCCCCAUUGAAACCGUCGUCUCAUAUGACUACCGCAUCGAACCGGAAAAAAUCCAGACCGUCAAUCGGCUCCUUAAACGCUAUCUCGGAAGCAAUAAUUUUCAUAAUUUUACCACUGGAGUAAAAGCUUGGCAGGAUUCUGCAAAACGUUUUGUACGAGAAAUCAGCUGUUCCGACCCUUUUGUCCGGGAGGAUAUCGAAUUUGCCACAAUCAGUGUUAACGGGCAGAGUUUUAUGAUGCACCAGAUUCGGAAGAUGAUUGGUCUGGUUAUCGCUGUGAUGAGAGGCCAUGUAGAGGAAAAGAUUUUUGAUACUGUAUACGGACCAGUCAAGGCGAAUAUUCCACGAGCUCCUGGGCUGGGAUUGAUGCUGGACCAGUGCCAUUUUGAUAUGUACAAUAGAAAAGUUGGCAAAGACGGAUGCCAUGAGGCUUUAUUAUGGCCAGAAUGCAAAGAGACCAUAGCGCAGUUCAAAGAGGAACACAUUUUUCCUACUAUCAUUCGGGGCGAAAAGGACGAGAAAAGUAUGCUGUCGUGGUUGCAACAUUUGCCGCUCCAUGAAUAUGGUGCUGCUCGUGAUCCUGCUAAAGAAAGGGACGGCACGCAUAGUGCACUGGGCGAUGCACAGUACACCGUUGAUCGCCUGAGGGAAAGGGAAAUGGAAGGCGAAGAAUCGGAAUCGGGUGGCUCGGACAGUGAAAAAACCGUUCAAAAGAAAAAACUGAAAAUGGCAUAAACGUUGAUUGUUGAAUAAUAAUGAAGAUUGUUUUGUUAAAUAUUAGAAAAUCGUUUUGUGGAUGGAUAUGGUGGGUUGUAUUUUCUACGGUUAAAGAUGCUCGUUACUGCUACUUCCGGCUUUUGCGUGUUCGGUGUUGUGGUCAAGCUGAGAAAACAUGGUUCUGAUAAAAUUCAAGUAAUACGUACCUCGUAUUUUUUCGGUUGGCUUUUCAGCUGUUUAAACGAUCGGACAUUUAGGAAGCAAAAAUUUGGAAAUCCCCGGAGCAGAAGAUGUUUUGAAUAACACCUAAC